GUGGCAGAGCGGGCAGGCUCUGGCGGAACCGUACCCGGCAGCGUGUCUGGGGUUGGGGGCGAGGGGGCGGGGCUGAGCGGCCUUGGGCAUCCUGGCCUGGACGGGGCGGGGGAGGCCAUGGCCUCGGCAGAGUUGCAGGGGAAGUACCAGAAGCUGGCUCAGGAGUAUUCGAAGCUUCGGGCUCAGAAUCAGGUCUUGAAAAAAGGUGUCGUGGAUGAACAAGCGAAUUCUGCUGCUUUAAAGGAACAACUGAAAAUGAAGGAUCAAUCACUGAGAAAACUGCAGCAGGAAAUGGACAGUUUGACAUUUCGAAAUCUGCAGCUUGCCAAGAGGGUAGAGCUACUUCAAGAUGAACUGGCUCUUAGUGAACCCCGAGGCAAGAAAAACAAGAAAAGUGGAGAAUCUUCUUCUCAGUUGAGUCAAGAGCAGAAGAGUGUCUUUGAUGAAGACCUGCAAAAGAAGAUAGAAGAGAAUGAACGGUUGCACAUACAAUUUUUUGAAGCCGAUGAGCAGCACAAGCACGUGGAAGCAGAGCUCAGGAGUCGGCUGGCCACUCUGGAGAUGGAAACGGCCCAGCACCAAGCUGUGGUCGAUGGCCUGACCCGGAAGUACAUGGAAACCAUCGAGAAGCUGCAGAACGACAAGGCUAAACUAGAGGUAAAAUCUCAGACUCUAGAAAAGGAGGCCAAGGAAUGUCGACUUCGGACAGAAGAAUGCCAGUUACAGUUAAAGAAUCUUCAUGAAGAUUUGUCAAGUAGAUUAGAGGAAUCCUUAUCAAUCAUCAGUGAAAAAGUACCUUUUAAUGAUACAAAAUAUAGUCGGUAUAACGCUCUGAACGUUCCAGUCCACAAUAGGAGACAUCAGCUGAAGAUGCGGGAUAUCGCUGGGCAGGCCCUGGCUUUUGUUCAAGAUCUUGUCAAGGGUCUUCUGAACUUUCACACCUAUACAGAACAGAGGAUUCAGAUUUUUCCUGUUGAUUCUGCCAUUGACACUAUAUCUCCAUUGAAUCAGAAGUUCUCACAGUAUCUUCAUGAAAAUGCAUCCUAUGUCCGCCCUCUUGAGGAAGGAAUGCUUCAUUUAUUUGAAAGUAUUACUGAGGAUACUGUGACUGUCCUGGAGACAACUGUGAAAUUGAAAACUUUUUCAGAGCAUUUAACCUCUUACAUAUGUUUUCUUAGGAAGAUUCUUCCUUAUCAGUUAAAAAGCUUAGAAGAAGAAUGUGAAGCUUCCCUUUGCACGUCUGCAUUACGAGCCAGGAAUCUAGAGCUGUCCCAGGACAUGAAAAAGAUGACAGCUGUGUUUGAGAAGCUGCAGACUUACAUUGGUCUUCUCGCCUUGCCAAGUACGGAGCCAGAUGGACUCCUUCGGACAAACUACAGUUCUGUCUUAACAAAUGUUGGUGCUGCUCUGCAUGGAUUUCAUGAUGUCAUGAAAGAUAUUUCCAAACAUUAUAGUCAAAAGGCUACAAUAGAGCAUGAACUUCCAACAGCAACACAGAAGCUCAUAACAACUAAUGAUUGCAUCCUGUCAUCAGUAGUGGCAUUGACAAAUGGAGCAGGAAAGAUUGCGUCUUUCUUCAGCAACAACGUGGACUACUUCAUUGCUUCCCUGAGCUACGGGCCUAAGACAGCGAGUGGAUUCAUCAGUCCUCUCUCAGCUGAAUGCAUGCUGCAGUAUAAGAAAAAAGCUGCUGCCUAUAUGAAGGCUUUGAGAAAGCCCCUCUUGGAAUCUGUGCCUUAUGAAGAAGCACUGGCAAACCGCCGGGUCCUUCUCAGCUCUACUGAAAGUCGAGAAGGCCUUGCACAACAGGUUCAGCAGAGUUUGGAGAAGAUUUCUAAACUGGAGCAGGAAAAAGAACAUUGGAUGUUGGAAGCACAGUUAGCUAAAAUCAAGCUGGAGAAAGAAAACCAGCGAACUGCAGAUAAACUGAAGAGCACAAGUAGUGGGCAGGCAGUUGGGGUAGCCCAGGAAGGGACCGCCGUGGUGACCGCCGCGGGCCAGGAAGACACGUCCGCCAAGGCUGUGCUAGAGCCCGUUCACAGCACUAGUCUGAUUGGGAUUUUAACCAGGACGUCUGACAGUGAGGCUCCAGAUGUGGACUCUCGGGAAGACUUAAUUAGAAAUCACUACAUGGCAAGGAUAGUGGAACUGACGUCUCAGCUACAGCUGGCUGAUAGCAAGUCAGUGCAUUUUUAUGCUGAGUGCCGAGCACUCUCUAGAAGACUGGCCUUGGCUGAAAAGUCUAAAGAGGCGCUGGCAGAAGAGAUGAAAGUAGCCAGUCAGAACAUCAGCAGACUUCAGGAUGAGCUGACAACUACCAAGAGAAGUUAUGAGGAUCAGUUAAGUAUGAUGAGCGACCACCUGUGCAGCAUGAACGAGACACUAUCUAAACAGAGAGAAGAGAUUGACACACUAAAGAUGUCUAGUAAGGGGAAUUCUAAAAAGAACAAGAGUCGAUAGUUUACAGAGAGCUGGUUGGUGACUUCUUUGCAGAGCUGCUACUGCUGCGCGGAGCUGCGGGGCCGAGACUCCACGUCCAGGGCUGGCCGCCUUCAGGAAGCUGGAGCGUUGUUGGACCUAGUAAAGUAGUCAGUGUUGUAAAUGACCUUGAAGUAUUUAAAAUAUAUUUGUAACCAGUAAGGUAAAUCCAGAAUUUGAUGUUGACAGUAAAACGGAAAACAGGACACAUACCAUGGAUAUUGUAGGUUUCCUUAUGCUGUUUUUACUGUGCACUUUUUAAAAUUAGGCUUUAAUUGCAGUAUGUAAGAACAACAAAUAUUUUGUAUAUUUUCAAACUCAGUGAUAUGGUAAUCAAUUUGGUAUCUAUGGAAUAGGUUUGUGUUUCUGGAUAAAAUGCUUAAAUUGUCAAACUGUCAUUAAUUCUUGCUGUAAUUGAAAGCAGUCUCCAAUUCUUUUUGAAGACUUGUUCAUUCUCUCUUUGUCUGCCUCCCUCUCUCCUGCUCUCUCUCUCUCUCUCUCUCUCUGUCUCUCUCUCUCUCUCUCUCUCUCUCUCUCUGUCUCUCUGUCUCUCUCUCUCUCUCUCUGUCUCUCUGUCUCUCUCUCUCUCUGUCUCUCUCUCUGUUCUGGAGGGAGUGGGCCUUGAAAACUUCAGAUCUUGUGGGUUUAUUAUCAUUGUCUUCAGCUCUUCGGUACCCUCUCUGUGUUGGAAUAAUAGCUUAAGGAAAUUGAUGUCAAUAAAUUCGUACUUAUAUCAAACUUUCAGUCUCUCUAUGAAAAUCUGAUGAAGGAAACUAAAACU